AUGGAAGCUCUGACUACCUUACCAAAAGUAGUAGAUAUGAAUCUGAAGAUAACUCGUAUAGAAUGCCAUCCUGAAUGCUUGGUUAUAGUGUUCCAGGGUCAAUGCAAAGGAGGGUGUGAUCCUGACUAUUACAUACUACAAAAUGAAAUGCAACGUGUAUUCAAAGUAAAAGAUAAUGUUUGUGUUGGUGGGUCUUGUUUAGUGGAAGACACAGAAGGACAGUGGCAUAGAGGAAGACUUCUGGAAAAGAGAGAGAAUACCUGUGAAGCUUUUCUUAUAGACACUGGGCAAGUGCUGGUGGUUGAGGAAACACAUCUGGCUUCUGCUUCUGAUGAAUUUUUUCAGCUGCCUCCAAAGGUGAUUUUGGGUGUUUUUGCAAGCAUACUUCCUCUUGGAGAAAAAUGGGGUCCAAAAGCCAUUAACUAUUUUUCAUCUCUGGUAGGAUUACAGAUUACAGGUCAUGUGAAAGCUGUUGUACCAUACCAACUAUAUAUUCUCGAAGUGCCAAAGAUCGUUAGUGAUGUUCUUGAAUUGCAGUUAGGAAAAUGUAUUGAUGGAGAUUCGUUUUGUUUUAUUGUAGAAACAUUAAGAGCACUUCCUCAAGAAAUGCUUUGUAAGAGAGUGCCACAGUUGUUGCAACAGAAGUAUCCAGUCAAGGAGUUGCUUACUUUCAGUAAUUCUGAGAAACCAACAGAUUUUUGGCCAGUUCCAGAUGAUCUCUUUCCACGUCUACCUGUUGGCAGUAAAGAAAAUGUAAAAAUAACUGUUGCAGUAAGCCCAAAUAAAUUUUACUGUCAGAUACAGAAAUGGCAAAAAGAGCUGGAAGAGUUGAUGGGCACUAUGCAUUUGUGCUAUGAAGCUGCCAGUACAGACAAUAAUGAGUCAUUUGAUAGUUUAGGGCUGCUCUGUGCUGCCAAAAGGAAAAAUGGACAAUGGCAUAGAGGAGUGAUAAAACAGCUUCUCUCUGACAACGUGGAAGUCUGGUUUAUGGAUUUUGGCAAUAUUGAAGCUGUGCCAUUUAGUUGUGUUCAGAAACUUAAAGUAGAGUUCAUGGCACUACCUAUGAUUUCAUUUCCAUGUGCACUGUCUUGUUUUGGUAGUCAGGAUGAAACAGUGGUAAAAAUGCAGCUGAAAGAACUUACACAGGCCUUGAUCAGACAAACUUCUGUGUGUGUCCAUGUUGAUUUAUUCAAUGACAUUAAACGCUUGUAUUAUAUUACGCUACAAAAUCAGAAUCUUGGAAUUAAUGCUAAACAUCCAGAAAACCUGAAUGAGGCAGCUGCAUCAUGUGUCUCGCUUCCAGAAACAAAAAUCACAACUAUUGCUGUAAACUACAAACCAUAUCAUGAGAGAUACAAUUCGUUUAAGAAUUGUGCUGGAAAUAAACGUUCAAAAAACCACUUACCCAAAUGGGAUAUUUUUUUGUCAAGCCACUGCAAAAGAGUAGAAAUGCGAAUUAAUUCUUCCUAUCCUGCUUUUGUGGUAUAUGUUGUAAAUCCAUCUGAAUUCUGGGUUCAAACAUGUGAAUAUGAGGAUGAAUUUCAAGCCCUGAUGAAAAAUAUUGCAGACACAUAUAACCGAUGUGGAGCUGAUGAGAUGGUCCUUAAAAACCCAGAACCUGGACUGCUGUGCUGUGCCCGGUAUGGCAAAGACAUGCAUUAUUAUCGGGGUGUUGUCAUCGAAGUGCUUCAUGUAAACAUUGCAGUUUAUUUUUUGGAUUUUGGAAAUACAGAUACAGUACCCUGUUAUGAUGUGAAAACAUUGCUUCCCGAGUUUUCUGAUUUACCAGCUUUAGCUGUGUGUUGUGCACUUGCUUACACGUUUCCUGUUGACGGUGUGUGGGUUAAAAAGGAAACUGAUUUCUUCAAAGGCAUUGUGUUUAACAAACCGCUGGUGCUUCAUGUCAUUGGAAAGCGAAACAACAAGUAUGUUGUUAAUGUGCAGUGUAGGACUGGUUUGCAGCAGGGAAAUGUUACUGCAUGUAUGGUGGAAGCUGGAUAUGCUGAAUCCUGGGAAAAGACACAAGAUUCUGCUCUAAAUUUGGCAAAAAAAAGUCAAGGCCUGAAUCCCCAGAAAUUAAAAAAAAAAGUAAAUGCACGGAGCAUCUGUAAUAUUCAUAAAAAUCAGGUCUCCAGAAAUGGAGAAACGGUUCAGAAGGGGAAAUCACCCAGUGUACCUUCAGUGCUGAGAGAAUCUGUUGGGCUGUCCUGUUUUGGAAAAGGUGGAAUUCCUAAAAGGUGUAGAGUGGUACCUGAGGAAAAGUUAUUUUAUAAAGAGUUUGUGUUUAAACCAGGAGCUGUUUUUGAAGUGGUGUGUUCUUGCGUGUUUUCCCCAGCAGAUUUUUCAUGUCAGUUGCAAAGCAAACUGCCAGAGCUAAAUAACUUAAUGGAACGAAUUCAGAGUUACUAUAAAGAGCAUACCAGUCCUUACAAAACUGGCCAGGUUGCCUGUAUUGUUAAACGUCCCAAAGAUGGGAAGUGGUACAGAGCAACUGUUGUGCGGCAGGUAUCCUCAAAUGAAGUUGAUGUAGUUUUUGUAGACUAUGGUUAUCGGGAAAGAGUUUUACUUAAAGAUCUUCGAGCUAUUCUUCCAGAUUUCCUAACUCUGGAAAGUCUAGCAUUUCGAUGUGGACUUAAAAAUGUACCCUUACAGAUUGGCUCACUUAAACACUCUGAAGAAGUGUGUAGACAUUUUGAAGACUUCAUUUCUGCUUCUAGAGAAUCGCUGACUUGCGUCAUUUAUGCUCUUGUUCUUAUAAGCCCCAACUGUUUACACAAUGUAGUUGACUUACAGACUCCAUGUACUAGUUUAGAGGAAUUCCUCAGAGAUCGUGGUCUUGCUCAGUCUGAAGAUACUGGUCUGAGAAACCUUGCAUCUCUGGGUUCUCUGUACAGUUUUUGCUACUCAUCUUUUAAUAUAAAGAUUGGAAGUGAGGAGGAGGUUUAUAUAACUCACAUACAUAAUCCUUCAAAAUUCUAUUGUCAACUUAAUCGAAACACUGAAACUAUAGAGGCAUUGAUGAAGAAGAUUAGUGUCAUAAGUAAAAUGUCAAAUAAUGCAAAACGUACCAGCAAUAUGCGAUUGUGUAUAGCCAGAUAUUUUGAAGAUGAUCUCUUUUAUAGAGCUUUGGUUUUUCCUGUGGAAUCGACAUCAUAUCUAUGUGCUGACUUUGUGGAUUUUGGAAAUAAGAAUAUGGUGGAGAGAGACCAGUUGAUGCCUAUUCCAGACUCUGCCACUGACCUAAUAUUCACACCCAUGCAAGCUAUUAAAUGCUGCCUGUCGGAUCUUAGGGAGACAGAAAUUCCAGCAAGAGUUACUAGAUGGUUUGAGGAAGCAUUCCUUGGUAAACUGCUGAAGGCUGUGAUUGUAUCCAGAGAAUCAGAUGGACAGGUUGUUGUGGAGUUGUAUGAUGGACAGCUCAAAGUAAGCCAGAAAAUUAAAGAAAAAAUAUUGGAAGAAUUGGCACUAAAAAAUUACACGGAACAAUUUGUUGGAAGUAAUGGAGUGAUAUGUCACGUGGAAGAUGACAAAGAAAUUAAUAAAGAAAUAACUGUAAAUGCUGUCUCUGAACCUCAUACUGAAAGACUAAAUUAUAUAGGUCAUCAGGAAAGGAAUAACAAAAAUAUGCCUAAAUUAAUCAGUCUUCCUCCACGUGAUAUUCGGGUGAAUUGUGAAGUAGCAGGGUAUAUUUCUCAUAUGAAUAGUCCAUCAAGUUUCUAUGUUCAGCUUGCAGAGGAUGAAAACUUAAUAAUACAACUAGCAGAAGAAUUAAAUGAAAGCACGGUGAAUGUGGGUCACAAAAAUUGCUUAGAUGAGCUCAUGGUAGGUGAUCUCGUUGUUGCAGAGCAUGAUGCUGAUUGUUUUUACUACAGAGCAGUUAUUAAAACUCUGAAAUGGGGAAACUCCUUUGAGGUUGAGUUCAUUGACUAUGGUAAUGCAGCAGUCGUAAGUCCUUCAAAAAUCUGCAGGAUUCAGGAAAAGUUCUUAACUUUGCCGAGGCUCAGUAUUCAUUGUUUUCUUAGCAGAUUAAAAAGUGUUCCUGAUGAAAGCUGGACUGAAAAAAAUACUUCUUAUUUUGUAAGGAAAAUAAUUGACAAGCCAGUCAUUUGCAAGUUCUUACAGCAACAUGGAGAGCAAUGGGAAGUAGAUGUAAUUUGUGAUGGAAAGUCUGUGUCUAAUGAACUUCUGCAGAAGAAGGGCAGGACGAGGUGGCAAAACACACCAAUGCAUAAUCAGGAAAACAGGCCAAACCAAAUCCUGGUUAUGAAUGGUAAUCCUCAAGAUAGAGAGUCUAGGAGUAGUUUAGGUGAUCGAAGUAAAACUAAGACUGUUGGAAUGAAAAUUACUUCCAAAAUGCCCUUAAAUGUCCUACCUCAGGAUCUAAAUUCUGGGCAGGUAGAAGGAGCAGAAGUAACUGAUAUUUCAGACAGUGGAGAAUUUUAUGUACAGUUACUUAGAAAUUUGCAGGUAUUACAUGAGUUAAAUACAAUGCUUGUCCAAGAAGCACGAAGAAGUGAUUUGCUUAGAGUGGAUGACAUUGAAGAAGGAUUGGAAUGCAUGACGAAAUCUGAAAGGAACUUGAAGUGGUAUCGAUCAAAAGUGAUAAAGAAAUUUGUCAGGGAGAAGUUAAUGCUAGUUUUUCUCAUGGAUUAUGGCAAGUGUGAGAUGGUGUCCUUAAAUAAAGCAAAGAUGCUCAGUAACAAGAUUAAAAGUAUUCCUAAGCAAGCUGUGUUUUGUAAAUGGAUUUGGUUUAAAAACCUGAAGAAAAUUCAGUUUGUCCAUGUAGUAAAUGCACUCCUGGAUCGUGAAAUAAGGAUCUUGUUUAUGAGAUACUUAGAAUCCUCUCAUGUCUGGGAAGUAGAUAUUUUAAUAGGGGAAGUUCUGCUUCAGGAGUAUUUGAACCAGCUCUUAAGUCAAUGUUGGACUAUUAUUGGACCAGAAGAAUCCAGUAAUGCAGACUGUAAGGAGUUUGAUACAUCAUUCAAGAUAAAUUCAGUCACAUGGAUGCAGCUGCGGAGUGGCGGAAGGUAUCAUGGGUUUGCAACUGCAGUUGCUGAUCCUUCGAACUUCUGCAUCCAGUUUGAAGUCUUAUUUGGUUGCAUGCAAAACUUGUCUUUGCUGCUCUCUGACCUUCCUGACAACUUGCCAGUUUUGCCAAAAGAACUUGUGGCUCCUGGUACUAACUGCUUGAUCAAGUUUGGACUGGAAGCACAGUGGAACAGAGCAGAAAUUACUGAGGUAACAAGUCAGUCUGUUGUUCUUACACUUAUUGAUUAUGGCUUUCUGAAGAGCAUCCCUUAUUCUGAUAUCCAUAAACUGAAAGUUAUUCCAGAAAGUCUGUGUUUCUUGCCACGCUUGGCACACUCUUGCUCUUUACAUGAUACAGUUCCUGCCAAGGGAGAAUACUGGAGUGAUGAAGCUAAACUUCUGUUUAAGAAGCUUCUUGGUAAACCAGGUCUGAUAUUUCAUUUUAAACACUAUGGCUCUGAAAUGAAAUUAGAGGUGGAUGUUCUGUAUGAGGAGAACAACCUAGCUCAUGCCUUAGUUGCUGCUGGCUAUGCAAGCUACCCUAGAA